AUGUUUACCACGGCACCUUCCUCUGAUGAUUAUAGCUGCUGCGACUACCUCAACGACGACAGUAAAGACAGCGCGACGGAGAUACCGACACCUGAGAGCCUUGAUAGUCACGUGGUCUCCGACAUGGCGACUUCUUCAGGGCACAUGAGCGACAUUGACUUUGAUCUUUCGAAAUUCAGUUAUCUUUUGGAGGGAAUGGAGUGCGAGUCGUCUUCGGGUCACGUGGCCUACUCCAAUGGCCGGGUUUCUUCUUCUCCGAUUACUGAAGACUUUUCCAAUUGGCUCGAUUUCUCAGUGUGCAGUGAUUCGGCGUCCGACUCGCUCGUCAAAGUCACGGUACCAAAGCCUGAGCCACAGCAGCGGCAUCUCAAGCUAGAGAAGAACCUGAAUCCGAUGAUUUCCGAUGAUUCCAUCAUUAGUCCAAUGUCGGCAUUCUUUUCAGAUGUCAAGAGUGAGAUGGAAGAGAAAGGAAUGACAGCAAAUGUGGUUCUAGGAAGGAAGUUUUGCAACUUCGAAGACAGUGAUUUCGCACGCUACAACCGAGGCCAGGAGAUCCCCAAUCCCCAUUACAUGCCCUACUCCCCCUCUCAAUGGAAUUUCAUCAGUUCUGAGUUUCAGAAACUAUGGCAUGAGCUGGAGGAUUGUGUCAAAUGA